GUCUUAAGUGGUGGAGGGUAUCAUGGCGGUUUAAUCUUUCUAUGCUUAUAUUUAUAUGACUAGAGAUUUGCACAUUCUGAUUAUAUAUGCAUGGUUCUUGUACUAGCUGGUACUACAAUGGUUUACUUGGGAAUUUUCUUGGUUUUGUUGUGCAUGUUUUCUCCUGUAUGGAGUGCUGAUGACAUUAAAACUUUCAACGUCGUGAAUUUUGGGGCAGUCGGAGACGGAAGAAAUGAUGAUCUCCCAGCUUUCCUCAAGGCAUGGGAAGCUGUCUGUCAAUCGGAAUCCAGUCGUGUAAUUCUUGUUAUACCAGAAAGAAAGAAAUUCUUACUGACGCCUUCAACAUUUGAGGGUCCUUGCAAACCUUCUUUUAUCCAUAUUCAGGUAUCAGGAAAUAUAAUUGCACCUAACUCAAAAUCGGGAUGGGAUGGACGUGCAACCAAUGCAUGGCUCAUUUUUGAGAAUAUCGACCAUCUUACUGUUAAUGGCAAUGGAGUUUUUGACGGCCAAGGCCAUGUAUGGUGGUCUAAUCCUUGCUUGGAUAAUAACAACCCAUCCCAAGAAACACAAUGCAAAGGACCAACUGCAUUGGUUUUCAGACGAUGCGACCGGCUGCGAGUUUGGGGUGUAACGCUAAUUAGAAGUGCUAGAAGUCAUAUCAUAUUGACUGCUUGCAAUGAAGUUAGUAUCGCCAAUAUUCGUAUUAUGUCCCCCGGUGACAGUCCUAACACCGAUGGGAUUGACGUUUCCGGUAGCACAAACGUACGAAUACACAACUCCCUCAUUGCAACAGGCGACGACUGUAUUGCAAUAGGAGGAGGAUCGUCCAAUGUCAAUAUUAGCGGCAUAACAUGCGGACCAGGCCAUGGUAUUAGUAUUGGAUCCUUGGGAGAAGGAGGAUUUGAAAUUGUGGAAGAUGUGCGCGUACGAAAUUGCACGAUUAAAGACACCUUAACAGGAGUAAGAAUUAAGACCUGGCAGGGAGGCGAAGGGUAUGCAAGGAGGAUAACAUUUGAAGGAAUAAAAUUGGUUGAAGUCAACAAUCCCAUCAUCAUCGACCAGUUUUACUGUCCCAGCCGAGUCAAUUGCAAAAAUGAUACAGCUGCAGUUGCAUUGAGCGACAUAACAUUCAGAGGAAUAUCAGGGACAUCCCUGAUGGACGAGGUGAUAAAUCUGAGCUGCAGCGAAACUGUUGGCUGCAAAAACAUACUUCUCGAUCGUGUGUAUAUAUCAUCUGUUAAGGGUAACCCUGUUCAUGCCAAGUGCGUUAAUGCUCAUGGAAGGCACACUCAUACUAGGCCUGUUGUGAACUGUCUGCUGCCAUAGUUAUAUAUGAUGUUAUGCAACAUACCUUAUUGUUCAACAAUAAACUAUAGGGUGGGUUGGGAGGAAGGAGAGAAUUGUUGUACCAUUAUUCUCAACUGUUAUAGGUUUAUAGCUAUUUCGCUAUUUUUGGGAAUUACUAGAUUCAAGGCUUAUGGAUACAGACACAGUUUCUGUAACCAAUAACUAGUGAAAAGCCACAAACAGAUUUUUCUUUUCUUGAUAGGUUCAAUAGCCACAAUAAAAUAUUUAUGCAAAACAUUCUGAUCAA